AUUAGGACCGUGAGGAUCGCUCCGCGCUCCUGUCUCUCCCUAUCACCCCCCCACCCCCCACCUCUCUCCUUUUUCUGCUCUGCAGGACCGAGCAGCCCCGCGCGAGCGAAAACAAACAGCUGGGGCUGAGAGUGACCCCCGCCCCGGCCCCGAGAGCACGCCGGCCAGGGCCCCUACUCCGGGCGUCCGCCCGCCCACCAUGAGGAAGAUCCGCGCCAAUGCCAUCGCCAUUCUGACCGUAGCCUGGAUCCUGGGCACUUUCUACUACUUAUGGCAGGACAACCGAGCCCACGCAGCAUCCUCCGGCGGCCGGGGCGCAAAGAGGGCCGGCGGGAGGCCAGAGCAGCUCCGAGAGGACCGCACCAUCCCGCUCAUUGUGACAGGAACGCCCUCCAGAGGCUUUGAUGAGAAGGCGUACCUGGCAGCCAAGCAGCUGAAGCCAGGAGAGGACCCCUACAGGCAGCACGCCUUCAACCAGCUGGAGAGCGACAAGCUGAGCCCUGACCGGCCCAUCCGGGACACCCGCCACUACAGUUGUCCAUCCGUGUCCUACUCCUCCGACCUGCCAGCCACCAGCGUCAUCAUCACCUUCCACAACGAAGCCCGCUCCACUCUCCUGCGCACGGUGAAGAGCGUCCUGAACCGAACUCCUGCCAGCCUGAUCCAGGAGAUCAUUCUAGUGGAUGACUUCAGUUCAGAUCCCGAAGACUGUCUGCUGCUAACCAGGAUCCCCAAGGUCAAGUGCCUACGCAAUGACCGGCGGGAAGGGCUGAUCCGCUCCCGAGUUCGUGGGGCAGACGUGGCGGCAGCUGCCGUCCUCACCUUUCUGGACAGCCACUGCGAAGUGAACACGGAGUGGCUGCAGCCCAUGCUGCAGCGAGUGAAGGAGGACCACACCCGCGUGGUGAGCCCCAUCAUUGAUGUCAUCAGUCUAGAUAAUUUCGCUUACCUUGCUGCAUCUGCUGACCUUCGCGGAGGAUUUGACUGGAGCCUGCAUUUCAAGUGGGAGCAGAUACCCCUGGAGCAGAAGAUUGCGCGGACAGACCCCACCAAGCCCAUAAGGACGCCUGUCAUCGCUGGAGGAAUCUUCGUGAUUGACAAGUCCUGGUUUAACCACUUGGGAAAGUAUGAUGCUCAGAUGGACAUCUGGGGGGGAGAAAAUUUUGAGCUGUCCUUCCGUGUGUGGAUGUGCGGCGGGAGCUUGGAGAUCGUGCCCUGCAGCCGGGUGGGCCAUGUCUUCAGGAAACGGCACCCGUACAACUUCCCCGAGGGCAAUGCCCUCACCUACAUCAGGAAUACCAAGCGUACCGCAGAGGUGUGGAUGGAUGAGUACAAGCAGUAUUACUAUGAGGCCCGGCCAUCGGCCAUCGGGAAGGCCUUCGGCAGCGUGGCCACGCGCAUCGAGCAGAGGAAGAAGAUGAACUGCAAGUCCUUCCGCUGGUACCUAGAUAACGUCUACCCAGAGCUCACCAUCCCCGUGAAGGAAGUGCUCCCGGGCAUCAUUAAGCAGGGGACUAAUUGUUUAGAAUCCCAGGGCCAGGACACAGCUGGUAACUUCCUGCUCGGAAUGGGGAUCUGCAGAGGGUCUGCCAAGAACCCCCCAGCGGCCCAGGCCUGGCUCUUCACUGACCAUCUCAUCCAGCAGCAGGGCAAGUGCCUCGCUGCCACCUCCACCUCCGUCUCCCCAGGGUCCCUGGUCGUGCUGCAGGCGUGCAACCCAAGAGAAGGCAGGCAGAGAUGGAGGAGAAAAGCCUCUUUCAUCCAGCAUUCAGUCAGCGGCCUCUGCCUGGAGGCCAAGCCCGCCCAGCUGGUGACCAGCAAGUGCCAGGCCGACGUCCCAGCCCAGCAGUGGCAGCUGUUGCCGCACACAUGACCGUAGCCCCCGGCCUCCUGUACCUUUUGCAUGAGACUUUGGGACCGGAAGGGGGUUGGGGUGGGGAAGUGUAAAGCGGGCCGUCUCCAUCUCGUCACAUUUCUGCCGGAAUCAUCAGCCAACACCGCUGCCACAACACACGAUGCUCCAAAGCUUGGACGGGGAGGAUGCAGGGGGAUGCCCUGCUUGCUGUCCUGGCUGCCACCCGGCCUUGCCUGGGGAUAACUGGACUGCGACUGGGCAGCCUGGCCCUUUGUUACGCCCUUCACCCUCCCAAGGCCUGGACAGUGGUUUGGGGCCUCUCCUCGUGGGCUGGGGAAAAGGAGGACAGCAGCCCCCACGAGUCUUGCUGGGCCCCCGGGGCCUGCCUGUGGGGUUGGGCACAAGAGGAGAGCGUGGGCAGCCGUGGACAGGAGGCAGGCGGAAGGCAGAGGGAGGGGCAGCCUGUGGGCAGGUGGGGAACAGGAAGAAGUGAGCCGCUCGGGUCUGUCCCGGGCAGGUGCUGGGUUGGGGACAGGAGGGAUGGGAGCCAGGGCCAAGGAUGAGUGAGCUGAGACGAGAAUAGAAAAGCUGCAAAGCACGGGAAAGAAUGGGUCUCGCCCAGGGACCUAGUUCCUCCCAGGGCCCAACGCCUCCAGUCCCACGCUCUGGUUCCCACGUUCUCAGCAAGAUGCUGCAGGGGCACCUCCAGGGGCAGCCUCGGGACCCAGUUUAUUAAACAGAUCCCGCUUCUGUUUGGAUAUGUGUCAAGACAAGACCUCUCCCUUGGGCCUUAAAGACCAGUAGGUGCCCUGAGCCUCUGCCUGGGCACACCGGGUGGACCCCCGUAAGGACAGGCACCACUGAGCCGCCCCGUCCUCCCUGCUAGAUUUUGACUCCUGCCUGCUCUGAAGCCCUUGCCUCUGUAAAUACAGUGUCGUUACGGGAUCGGGGUUCAGGGCGGUAGGAACGGGGAGCAUCGUUAAGCUGUGGGGACUAAGUCAUCCAGGCUGGACUCCCCACUGCCGGAGGGAGGCCCUCGGCUCGGCUACUGCAGCGGCCAGCAGGCUGGCUGGCGGCCCCAGUGUGUACAGAGUUCCCAGUUCUCCUCACACCCACUGGGUCUCUCUCUCCCUCCUCCUGGGCCUGGUCUUGGAACCACUUCUGCUAUUAAUAUUUCCAACAUUCCUCUUCCCCCGCCCCACUGGCCUAGGCCGAGUGAUCUUAGGCAAAAGUCUGGUGAUACCAGGAUUCCUGCGGGGGGCGGGUGGGGGGAUUGUCCCCCACCCAAAGCAAAUCAGCCUGGAAUGCCUAAGGGGAGUUCAUAGAUUCUGGAGGGCCCAGGAAUCUCCUGAAAUGGUUCCCCAAAUAGUGCAUGUGUGUGCAUAUAUGCAUUGUCCUGGGGAGAGGAUCCAUGGAUUGUCCCAGGUUCAUACAAAGGUCUCUGACUCCCAGAGGGUCUGGACUUUCCUGGAUUGGAGCUGCCAUGCCCCUCCCCCUCCAUAGCGUGCCUCAACUGCUGUGGCCCGCUCCCUCUGCACAGCCUUGGGGCUGUGGUCCGCCACUCCCACCCUGGAGGGCUCUCACUGGUUUCCUUUCACCUCCUGGCUCUCUGCAGUGCUCCUGGGCCUCAGCCUGCACCCCCUACACUCACAGCAAGGAGCCCUUGGCUCCCAGAGCCACACUUUUCCCAUCCUCUGUGAGAUGUUUACCCAGCGCCAUCUCCCUUGUGUGUGUGUCUACCCCGGCGGGUAGUGGGGGCCUUUGGGACAGGAAUCUUGGGCAUCCCUUACUGAAUGUAAGAGGAUUGCCAUUCAGCCUUUCAGAGGGCCCCCUCCUUCCCUGUGAUUGGGCUGGGCUCAGCACUUGUCAGCCUCCUUUGGGACUCAGCCCUGUUCUGUUCUUGCUUUUCCUCUUCUUGACCAAAGCAUGUGCCACUCGCUGUCCCUGAGGACCUCGUCUUUAUGAAAAACACCUGGAAUAAAACCACUUCUCACAUGGG